AUGCUGCUCUUCCAGGCCACCACCGCUCUGCUCGCCGCCAACCUCCCCAUCACUGUCCACGCCCUCGUCCCGCGAGGGGCCAUCUGCACCGAGGGCUCCCAGCUCAUCUGCUACGACGACGACGACGAUGAGGCUACGUCGCCGACUACCUGCGGUGGCUCGGCAACUCCUCCGACGACGAUGAGGGGGCGCGAUUCUGGACGAUGCCGGCCGAGACCGCCGGCUGCGCGGGAGUGGACGCUGCCGGUGCCGGACGCCGGGCCGGUGCUGCCGCUGGCCAAGCACGUCAAGCCGUGGCUCGACUCGUCGGUGCUGUUCGCGGGACCUGGCGGCGGCGAUUGA